UGCAGGUAGCGGGGACCGUUAGCGGUCCCGAGCCCGCACUUUGGGAACCGCUGUCCCGCACCGGCCGACCUCUGCUCUCCGGCUCUCUGCCUCCGACUCCGCCUCUCUCUCUGCGCCAGCACACGAGCGACCGACUCCCCCAGCCUGCCUGCCGCCACCCCGAAGCCCCCUCCAGCUCCAGCCCGCUCUCCCCGAACCGGACUCCCAGCGCGAACCCGCCGCUCCGACGCCAGACGGACCCCCAAGUUGAGCCGGAAGAAAACCAAAAAGUCCGACUUGGAGAGCGCGAGAAGCAGGAGGAGCCGCAUCGGAGAAGUUUGUCGUCUCUACCCCGAGUUUGUGGCCCCGCGGCGGGGCAGGACAGCAAGGGCAGGCCGGGGAGGGGAAACGGGGACCGUAUGAUGUGGAUCUGGUACCUUCUGCUUGGUUCGGGGUCAGGCUCAAGAACUGUUGAGAGCCAGCUGCUCCCGGGGAAUAACUUCACCACCGAGUGCAACAUCCCCGGGAACUUCAUGUGCGGAGAUGGGAAGUGCGUCCCGGGUGGGUGGCAGUGUGACGGACUGCCCGACUGCUUUGACAAGAGCGACGAGAAAGGCUGUCCUAAGGUCAAGUCGAAGUGCGCCCCUACGUUCUUCGCCUGCGCUAAUGGCGUCCACUGCAUCAUCGGACGCUUCCGCUGCAACGGCUUCAGCGACUGUCCUGACGGGAGUGACGAGGAGAACUGCAGCAACCCGCUGGUGUGCUCGGAGGCUCGCUUCAAGUGUCGAAAUGGCCACUGUGUAGACCGCAGCUUCUUGUGUAACGGCCAGGACAACUGCCAGGACAACAGCGACGAGGAGCUCUGCCUCACUACAGCAGAAGCUCCGGGGCAGGACUUUGUGACACUGGACUAUCGUCUGCGCUACUACCCCAGCAUCACCUACGCCGUCAUCGGCAGCGCCGUCAUCUUCGUCCUGGUGGUGGCGUUGCUGGCCUUGGUGCUCCACCACCAGAGGAAGCGGAGCGUCCUGCUGCCCAGAGGCGUGAGAGGGAGCUCGCAUCACCACCACCAGCCCCUGCUGCUGUCCCGUCUGGUCAUCUUGGACCGGGGCCACGUCCACUCCGGAGGUCCAGGUCUCUCCCCCGGCUCUCCCACCGUAGCAGGCCAGUAUCGCUCAACUCCUCAGGCGCUGCAGCUGCUGUCCGGUACCCUGUAUCCCUCCGGAUUCUCCAUGGACUCACCUCCGUCGUACUCACAAGCUGUUCUGGAUGUCAGUCGGCCUCCCUGGUUUGACCUCCCUCCUCCUCCGUACCUCUCAGAUGCGGAGCUUCCAUCAGAGGGCGAGCUGCCUCAGUACGAGGGCCCGCAAGAGCCUUUGAGCCACCCCACAGCACAUCCCACUGCGCCCUCCACACCCAGAACUGCGGCCUCGGCCACACAGCCGAGCUCCAGAGAGGAGUCGAACCAGCUGUAGCAGCUCUCCUGUAGAACUUAGAGACUGUAGUUGGACUGCAGAGCGUGCAGGACUGAAGGACCUGGCUGCAGGGCCACAUGAGGCCAGGGCGGUCCACAGCAGAGACCUGCUGCGGAGAAUCAACAGGGACUAAGAGACUAUAGACUAAACAGUGCCCUUACUGCCCACACAUCAGCUUACUGAAGCACUGGACUGAGACAAGCUCACACCGAUCCUGUAUGCCGGCCCCCCCUGCUGGGCUCAUGGCUGUACUACAUCUUAAUCAGAUAGAUGUUCAUUUACUUUUCAUCAGUUCAUUUGAAUUAUGCUCCCCUUGAAGGAAUACUGUGUAAGAUACCCAGCAGUGACCACAACGUGCACCUCCAGAGAGGUCGAGUUCAGCUGCCAAUCAUUGAUUUAUUCAUGAUCAAAUCAUAUAUGAUGAUAGCACCUGAAAAGGCCAUCAUGUUGUGGUGUAAUCAUGAGAGACAUGUUAUUCUCCUUUGUGUAACACUCUUCGGCAGCAUGAGGACAGCUGUGGCAUAUUCUGAUUCUCCUCACUGUACUUCACAUUUCACACCAGAAUACUUUCCAUAGUGGAGUUUAGAAUUCUAUGUAAUUUUUAUUGUGUUAAAAUUGUAAAAUACCUGAAUGCUAGAUCAAACCUGUACUGUUGAGAGUUACUGCUACAUUUGACAACUUACUGUUUUUAGAUCAUUUUAGCAGUGGUGUGUUGUUGCCUUAUUCUAAAUGAAGUUGAUACACUUUUAGACAAUGCGGUAGUGAUGAUUUUAAAUAGUUAAACAGAAGCACAUGCAGUUGGGACAUAGAAGAGCAGCUCAGUCAGAGGCACUCAAAUUUAUGUGAACAGUGACCUGAUUAUCGUAAAAGCAGCAUUUUUAGUGGUACUUCAGACUCAUAUUAGCAAAUUGUUGUCACUGUGUUGCUGGAGAAACAUGCUUCUGAAAAAAAAAGCACUGUGCUUUCUUCACAAUAUUUUUCACACUAUUUCUUGUUGCUGUUUGGUCAAAUCAAGCUACGAGUGUGAAGAGGACCAUUGAGAUUUUUUAAAAUAAUGCUGAGCAGACCUUAUGGAAGUGUGUCCUUGCCAUGUGAGUUUCAUAAAUCAUUCCUCUAAGGAAGAGAUCCAGCUUUGUUGGUAACAGUAGCUUUUUUACUACAUUUCCAUUUGAAGACCAAUGGUGUUUUUAAAGAAAAAAGAAAUACAAAUGAUUUUGUUGAGGCCUUAUUCUGUGCCAGUUUGGCAGUUAGUGCCUUUGUAUGCGACAUGUUUGUGGGCACAAACAGCCUUUUUAAAACUUUUAAAAACAGCAGCCUACUCUGAUAUUUUACAGUAAGCUCACAUGACAACAUACAGUACAUGUAAGAACAUCUGGAAUCAAUUCAAAUUUUGCUUGAGAUUUUUUUAACGUAACUGUGGAUGAAUCAUUCUGGAAAAUCCUGCUCAGUUGUAUUAGACAAUGAUGAUGAAAUCCAUUCUGUAUCUGAAGGAUGUGUGUUUAUAAAUGUACCAAUGUCUUUUGACCUGUCUUUGUUCAGUUGAGCCUGGUUUGUUUGACACUGCACAUAGCAGCUAGGGAAAAGCAAGGAAAGCUAUUUAAAAGUAGAGUUUAAAGCGAGAGAUGAAUGUGUUAACGUGGUUGUGCUUUGCAUUGUACUUUUCCUCGAGAACCAGCAGCGAUGGUGCAGGCACAUAAAAUACAAUCAAACCAAAGAUAAUCAUUAUUCAUCUUAACCCAAGGCUAUUACCCUCCAAAGGAAUGAUUAUGUGUCACAACUGUUUAUACCAUUAUUAUAUUCAAAUGUGCAAAGGUUUAUUGAGGAAAGCAGAAUUCAUGCUAUUUGCUGUAACUGGAAGAAGUUUCUCAGGACUAAAUUUAUACCAGUCUGCCUGCUCUGUUGUUUAUAUCUUGGUUCUAUUUUAAGGAAUGUUUAAGAUCAAAUUCCAUUUUCUUUUUUUCUGAUUUGAUCUCAUGAGUUUAGUUAUUUGCAUAUUUGUGAAGUCGCCCUUCAUGAUCUUUUUAUCUCAUGUAUUCUGUACAUUGAAAGUAAUAUAAAAUUCUGACUCAG